AAUCACACUUUGUACGAGGUUUAUUUUGCACAGACGUCACAAUAUCCAUCGUGUACGUUGUUGUAGAUAUCGUUGUAGAUAUCCACGUGUCCCUCGGAUAAGAUAUUGUCUCAAAAUGCCGACGUUUUACGGUCAACGAAAAACAAACCGAGGCGCUUGGACACAAGAGAAUCUUGAUAAAGCUCUCAAAGAUUUACAAAAGGGAAACGUUUCAAUAAGAGAAGUUGCUUUAAAUAAUAAUAUUCCUGAAAAGACCCUCAGGACUAGAUUAAAACAAAAUAAUUUUAUCAAAGGAAGAUUAGGUAAGAAAUGUUAUCUUGGCGAAGAAGUUGAAAAACAGCUAGUAGAACACAUUAAGAAACUUCAAUCAGUAGGAUUUGCACCUUCAAAAAAAGAAAUAAGAAAAAUAGCUUUUAAUUUAUCCGAAAAAAUGGAAUUGAAACAAGUUUUUAAUACCGAGAAAAAAAUUGCUGGAUCGGAUUGGUACAAGUCAUUUAUGAGAAGAAAUCCUACACUAAUUAUUAGGAAACCCAGAAAAACGUCAAAUGAAAGUGCGAAUGCAAUGAAUAAACAAGACAUUGAUAAUUACUUUCAUUUAUUGAAACAAUGUCUCAAUAAUAAUAACUUGACGAAUAAACCAAGUCGUAUUUACAACAUGGAUGAGACUAGUCUGCAACUGAAUAAUGAGCCUGAUUUUAUAGUGGCUGCUGAAGACAGUAAAAAUGUUCAAGCUCGUCAGUGUACCGAAAGGGGAGAAACUAUUACAGUAGUAGCUUGUUGUAAUGCUGAAGGUUCAUUCUUACCACCGUACUGUAUAUUUAAAGGUGUUAGAAAGCAAAAGAUAUGGGAAGAAAACAUGCCACCUGGAUCUGUUAUUCAAAUAAGAAAGGAAUCCGCUUACAUCAAUGAACAGCUCUUUAUGGAUUGGCUGAAAAACCAUUUUAUUCCAAGAAAGAGUAGAGAACAAUGUUUAUUGAUUUUGGAUGGCCAUAGAUCCUAUAUAAACUCUCCUGAUAUACUACAAAUGGCAACGGACAAUAAUAUCCAUAUACUUUGCUUACCCAGCCAUACUACAGACUAUUUUCAACCACUUGAUAGAGCAUUUUUUGAACCUUUAAAAACAUAUUUUCGAGAUGCUUGCUGUGAAUGGGGUAAUGCAAAUCCAAACAAAAAGAUUGGAAGAAAUCAUUUUGGUCUCUUAUUAACAAAAGCUUGGUUACGAGCAGCUACUGUCCAGACGGGAAUAUCAGGUUUUAGAGAGACAGGAAUACACCCUUUCUGUCCAUCAGUAAUACCAGAAUAUGCAUAUCUGGAAAAUGCGAUUCAACAUGAGGUAUCCUCUUCUUCAGAAAGUGAUAAAGAGAUAUUAACAAGCACUCCUGUAACAAAUUUAUUAAGCACUCAGAUGUGCAUAAUGAUAGAUGAAAGUAUGGCGCAGCCUGGACCGAGUAACUUAUGUCAGCAACGUGUCUUUUUAGAUACAAGUCAAAAAAAUGAAUGCGAAAAUGAAUGCGAAAAUGAAUGCGUUGAAUGUUACGAAUCGUAUGACAAUACAUUACCCAAAGUAAAUUGGAUUCAGUGCAUUAAAUGCAAUAAAUGGUUGCAUGAAACGUGUACCUUAUAUUAUAAUAUAUGUAACUUAUGUAAGAGAAUGGAACUAAAAAGAGCAAAAGAAGAUAAAGAUAAAAAAAAAUUUAAAGAAGCAAAGCUUUUAUGAGGAAGCAAUAAAAAG